UGUCAUUGAAUUGCCAGUUCACUGUUUUUAUAAACACUCUUUCGUCUUGCUACGAUUAUAAAUACGGGAAAUAUUCUAUUUAUUGUCGCAUUAUUGGUGUCUAUUAUAACUAAGGUGAAAAUCAUAGAAUGCUUAACAGGUCACAUCAUCCAGUUGUUCUAUAUAGCUGUACAGUGUACACUUUAAUACAUUAUUCCGAACAUUCUAUUUGGAUAUAGACGACCUGACCACGGUUAAGCGACAGUGUAUUUUUGGAAAAUUCUACAACGCAGAACCGCAAGGCAAAAAGAAAUAUUCAUUGGUUGAAUCGGCCAGUUAUAUUGCUGCUGUUGAACGAGAACAUUUGAUUAGAACGAAAAAUAUGGCAUCUAAUUUGCAAAAAACAUUGAACAGUUUGAAGAAUUCGGUGAACAAUAUCCGCUCGGUUGCACAGGGUGUAUUAUCAACAACUCAAAAUGGGAAAACCGAAAAUCUGCACAUCUCCGCCAAGCAAAACUAUCCACAAGCCGAACGCCUACCACUUCCCUUAAACAUUGAUCCAGCCGAAAUGACAAAAUUUUCACCGCAACGCUCUCGUGACAUCAAUGCCGGUGCAAUGCUGACACAUCAAUCUCAGCUGCAUCCCAGCCGCAUCGAUAUCACCGUCGAUAAUUCGCAGGAGGAUUCGCACGUCCGGUCUUAUGACUGUUCCGGUGCGGUCAGCUUAAAUUCGUCCAUGCAAAGUAAUGUACCAACGCCGUUUGGCGGUAUGCAUAAGUUCACGCAUCUCAAUAUGCCGGGCGGUCAAUGGGAGCAAGGAAGUAAAUUCAUGGCUCACGAUUUAAAAGCAUCACAUUAUGUGAACUUGAGAAAAUCGACCCGAGCCGAUUGGACGACGUAUGAAGAAAAUUUCGACAAAGUCAAAGGUAUGAGAAAUGGAAUGCACAAUAGUCGUUAUGCAAAGUUGUUUGAUAUGAAUAGCGGAGCAAUAACUAAUGCUUGUGUCGCAUUUUGGCAUGCAAAUCAGUCGAAUGUUAGAUGCUAUACGACUGGAAGUUCAGAUAAAAAAGAUGAUAGUAAGACAGAUGUAAGUACUAGUCAAGCAACCGGAAAGGCUGAUGCGCCUUUAAGUCGUACGGAAAUGUUAAAAAAAGCAGUAAAGGACUAUGGAUCUACUGUCAUGGUAUUUCACGUUGGAAUUUCACUGAUAUCGCUUGGAUCAUUUUACCUGUUGGUGUCUAGCGGACUCGACCUCGUCGCAAUCCUUGAGCACCUCGGAUGGGGAGACUCGGCAUUAAGUAAUAAGCUGGCAACUGGUGCAAGCACUUUUGUUGUCGCCUACGCUGUUCACAAGGUAUUUGCUCCCGUACGAAUCAGCAUAACAUUAGGAGCAACACCAUUUAUAGUUAGAUAUUUGCGCAAUAAAGGAAUUUUGAAGAAACCGCCCACUUCAAGUGGAUAAGUUUACCUAGCAUUUAGUGUUGCGUGAGUUUAUAACAAUAGAAAUUGUCAAUAAAGAGUGUUAAAAACACAUACAAAUGAUUUACACAUAUACGUAGGCUAGGCUGUAGGGUGUUAUUCUAAUAAUUUUUUUAAAAAUAAAAAUGGAUUAAUGGAAAGAA